CCGUUGAGUCUUAUUUCUCGUGUUUUAGGCCGAUUUCACGCUAGGUUGUUCUUGUUUGUGAUAUUUCAGGUCCUAGUACGUGAAUGAAGGUUUGGGAAUGAGUUCUGGGUCGAUUGGACGAAGAUUGGACGUUUGGCGAGAAGCUGGGAAAGCCACACGGGCACGCCUAAAAUCCCACACGGCCGUGUGACUUGGCCGUGUGGCACCAUUUUGCACGGGCAAGCCACAUUGGCCGUGUAGGGGACCCCUUGUGGCCGUGUGGAAAGUCCAGGGAGCUCACACGGGCAGCCUGGAAAUCCACACGGCUGUGUGUCCCUGGCCGUACAGCAUGCCUGGAAGUCACUUAUUCGAAACGCGAUGUUUUGAGAGCCACACGGGCAGCUGGAAUUUCCACUCGGCCGUGCGGCCUGGCUGUGUGGUCGGGGAAUCUGGGUUUUAACCCAAUUUCAAGCCAAAGAAGGAAAAAUCGAGUUUUUGGAGCAAAAACAGAGUUUUAGAGUGAGAAAGUGCGAAGAACAAACCCUAGGAGCUAUUUGGAGUGGAUUUCUCACCAUUGAAGCCCCAAUUGCAUCCUCAGGAGUGAAGAUUGACAUCCUAGAGCAGAUUCUUCCCAUUGUUAUGAGUAUGACUGCUUUGUAUUCUGUUUCCUUCUCUCUCUCUCUAUGGAGUAGAACUUUCUCUCACUUGGGUAUGAAGAACCCUAGUCCCAUGUGUUAGGGAUCUUGAUUGUAAUGACUUGGUAUUGUUAUAUUUUUUGAUUUUAAUCGAUUGAUGCAUGAUUCAUUGAGUCAAUUGAAGUCUGAUCAUCUUUUCUUGAUUUCUGCUGCAACUUGAGAUAGAUAGAAUCCGAUUAGGUUGUUAGAGCUUCAUCAAUCGGUAGUGGUAGAUUGGUUAUCCGAGAGUUAAUCAAUUUACUGCUUUGUACUGGAACCCAAUUCCAGUAGGGGAGUUAUGUGCUUAUUGCCUCAGCAGUCUAUCCCGGUGAAGGUUAGUCGCCUGCCGGUUAGCCUGCCUGAGAGGGCUUGGUCAGCUUAAGAGAUUCCAAACCAUUAUCGGAUCUUCUGCAGUUAAUCAACAGUUAAUCAACCCAUGGUAAUUACAACUGAGACCUUCUGAGGAGCUAGGGGGACUCAUUCUCGGGUGACUCUUCCUUUGCUUUAGAAAACCGAAUCAUUUCCUGCUUUCUUACUGCUUUUACUUAAAUCAACAAUCACUCAACUUAGUUUGCUAGAUAACAGAUAUACACAGAGUAGGCAGUAGAUCUAGACUCUGGGUUGACAAUUAGAGCUUGCCUGUUACUGCAUUUCCGGACUGCGAUUACACUUGGUCACAGUUUGGUGUUGUGUUUUAGCGUGUCAACCACGGUCGUACCACAAAAUACCCUAUCACUGACGGGUUCGGUAUGACUUCCGGUACGGUUUCCUUUACCCUGCUCCAUGGGCGUCGGAUAUCCAAUCUCCCAUCUUACAUCCACGCGUGACCACCAACAACUUUGAGAUCAAGCCCUCUCUCGUGACGAUGAUUCAACAAAAUGCUUACUUCCACAUGCUAUCUCAUGAAUCACCACGGGAGCAUGUCGAAACGUUUCUUGAGCUAGCGGGAAGCUUGAAGAUUAAUGACGUCCCCGAGGAGGCAUUGCAAUUGAAGCUCUUACCCUAUUCUUUGGUGGGGAAGGCACUUUGAUGGAUCAACAACCGUCCGGCUCUAUCCUUCACCUCUUGGGACAAUCUCCUCAACAAGUUCAUGACCCGAUAUUUUCCUCCUUCCAAGAUGGUCGAGUGGAGGAGGAAGAUCACUCAUUUGAGCAAGAGGAGGAUGAGACAUUGAGGGAUGCAUGUGAAAGGUUCUCUGGCUACUAUCUUCAAUGCACGCACCAUGGCUUCGAGGAGCAAUUCUCGAUUGAAACUUUCUAUGGAGGACUCAUUCAAGAUGACAAGAUCUUCAUUGACUCUCUUUGCCAAGGGAUGUUGAUGAACAUGAUCCCUCCUCAAGUGACCAAGUUUCUCAAAGAUAUGGCUCUUAAGGGAUAUGAUUGGGGCUUGACAAGAAGUAGGAAGAGAAGAAUUGAUCAAGGAGUGUGAAGUGUGGGAGCGAGUGCUCCACUUGAAGCAAAGCUUGAAAAGUUGAUCGAGGUGAUCCUUGAGGAUAAGAAGCAAUGGAAGAGAGCGAUGAUGUCUUGUGAAUGGUGUUCGAGCACUUAUAACGAAAUUUUGGAUUGCCAAGUGAUGAAGGAGCCGAGUACCCUCGAAGAGCAAGUGAGCUUCAUUGCCAAUGCUAGAGGGAACAAUUCUUAUAGCAACACCUACAACCCCGGGUGAUGCAAUCAUUAAAACUUCGCUUGGUCU